AACAUAUAUUUCUCUGUUUUUCUAUUCAUUAGAUAUUUACAAUGGACUCAGAUAUGAUUUCAAAUAUUAAAUCACAAUUCAAAGCGCUGGACCUUAAUGGAGACGGGAGGAUAACUUUGUCGGAGUUGAUUAAUGCCAUGGGCUCCACAGGUGCGGAUGCAGGCAUGGCUGAGCAAAUAUUUUAUAGCCUUGAUAAAGAUGGGGAUGACAGUGUUUACUGGGAGGAAUUCUUGGAUUCUUUUGUUUCCGCUUCAGAACAAGCACCAUCGGUAGAAAACAAGCAAAAUAAGGGAAAUGAUGGUAUAUCGGAACACGUUCUAAAGGCAUUUGUUGCCUUUGAUACGAACAGAGAUGGAAGAAUAACAGUUUCGGAAUUAAUGCAAGGUUUAGAACAGAUCGGGUUGGAUAUAAAUUCGACCAGGAUUCAGGCAAUGUUCUCUACCCUUGAUGUUGAUGGGAGUGGGUUUCUGGAUUAUAAGGAGUUUGCUAAACUGCUCUAAAGGUUCUUGGAUCAAUCCUUGAACAUUCUCAGAGCGUCAAAUUUUCAACUGAUCUGCAGAAUUCUGGGACAACCAGUUUCAGAUUUACUCUCAUGUUAAAUCUAGCCUCGAAAAAGAUUGCUUAACUCUUUAAAAAAAACAUUUAACAACCCAAUUUUUGGAAUAAGGAAAACAAAACAUGUCCAUGAACGACAGAAUAAUUAAAACUUUCUUUUAAAAUCAUAGUGUUUUCGCCAUUAUUCUAAAUCUCGAGGGUCAAAGGAAUUGAGUCUUUGCCACAAACUCAAACUUUCUAAUCCCUCUAUCUUUGCAACCAGAUGAUGUAAACC